CUCGUCACUCGAAACGCAACCUCUCGCCGGCAGAUGCCGCCCCAGUUACCGCCACCGGUGGCGGCGUCGGCGGCCGAGCGGCCGAGCAGCGAACCGCCGCGUCGGGGGCUGGUGACGUCACCUGGCGUCCGCCAAAAUCGAUGCGGACGUCGCGCGCGCCUCCUCCGAUUCGAUAGUGACCCACAUCGGCAUGUCGCCAUUUAAACAAGUGCUAGUCACUCCGUCCUCGGUGUGAAAAUAACGGAAUUUCAAAAAUCACGGGAAAGACGAACAUUCGACGGUAAGCGACUUGAUGUUGUGGCUGGAGAAAAUCGAGGAGAAACGCGCUGUAUUUGCGUCCUAGGCUGCAAAUUUUGUGUACACUAAACUCAGUGUGUGAAUAAACAAACCUACUUUGAAGUCAAAAAAAAAUUACGUGAGACAAUAGUGCAUAUCGGAGUGACAAAAAUGAUUUAAUUAAAAAGAAAAGGGCUUUUUUGUUUGGGCUUAAAAUGGGCUCCCGUUCCAUACAAUUUGCAGACCAUACCGUUUGGAAUGAACACUAUCAUGGCAUGGAUCUGGAAAUGCAGCUGAGAGCAGCUGAGGCGCGCCGUUCCGAUCUGGAACGGCAGCACGCCGACGCACUCCAGGCUCUAAGGGGAUGCGGUCCGGACACCUUGGAGGCCAAACAAUCGCGAGUGCGCGAACUCGAAAAAAAAGUGUCGCUGGAAACAGUCAGAUGCGAGGAGCUACAGCUGGAGCUGUCGUCUCGGGGACGGUUGGGCGGGAGCGGUGGCGGUAUGGGUGGCCGCGGCGGCGAAAUGUGCGGCGGCGGCGUGCUCGGCGGCGGGGGCGGCGGUCACACCGCCCCCGGCAUGCAAUCUUCGUCGUGGGGCCAGCCGGCUAAAGGUACAGAAAUAGAACGUAUCAUGGCUAAAAUAGAACAGGAUAACCGAAUAUUAGCUGAAUUAGAUCAUAGUCGGUCCACGACGCUAGGAACCGGAUUGGCCACGAGCGCCAGCAGCCACGCGCUAGGCGAGUGCAGUCCGCCGAUAUCGCCCAUCACCAUGUCGCACACCACGCCCAGCAUAUACCCCGGUUCGAAUACCAUGGGGCACAGCAGCGGGUACCAAAGUGCGGCUUCGAAUCUUACAGGGGGAUCGUAUAUGGGAACCGGCAACACUGUCACAGGGUAUAACUCGAGCACGUACAACAGUUUGGGGCACCAUUAUGGUAACAAGACCUCCUUGAUGGGUACUGGGAUGGGGGGGAAUAUGACUAACAUGAGUAAUAUGAGUACAAGCAUGGUCGGGGCGAGUAUGGGUAUUAGCAGUAACAUGAAUGCUUUACAUCAUGGUGUCGGCAUGGGUACUUCGUUGGGACAGACUUCAGUACUAGGUACUCACACAGCCCUGGGGACGUCAAACCUAACCUCCGGCCUCACGGGUGGAGUGAUAGGCACCUCGCUUGGUACCUCAUCGUUGGGUACCUCCAUGGUACCGUCCUCCCACUACGCAACCAGCUCCUUAGGCAAUACGACGUUCACCAACCAUUCCAGCAACGUGACGGGACUCUCUGCGUUGCAACAAACUUCCUUCAACAACCCCACGUUUGGCAACACAGCCACCAGCACUCUAAACCAGUUCAGUUUGCCCUACCAACCGGUUACAACCAGUUACACCAACAAUGUUACUUUUUCGAAUCCGCUGAGCUCGCAUUUUAAUAGUUUACCGCUUACCGGCGGACCAAUGAGCAUCAAGCUGAAGCCCAUGGAUGAAGUCGAUCUGGGCGUGAGGAGGGUCGCCACUCCUGUGACCCCCGCUGUAGGAUGGUCGGGGGGGUCGUCGAUAGGUGGCGUGACCGAUUUAAGAUCGAGACUGCUUACAGAUGGUAUCGACUCCGAUUGGAGCGGUUUACAUGGUAUCGGCGAAAGGAGUUACAUCAACGGACACAACACUGUCGAGGGUCAGGUGGAUAUGCUGGAUAUACCCGGGAAAGGAAGGUGUUCUGUUUACAUUGCAAGAUUUUCUUACGAUCCUGAACCAGAAUCUGAAGAAGAGCUUAGUAUACAAGCUGGCGACUAUCUAUUGGUAUGGGGGGAACCCGUUGGGCCCAGUGGUUAUCUGGACGCAGAGUUAUUGGACGGAAGACGAGGAUUGGUGCCAUCUCAUUUUGUGCAACGUUUAAUAGGUGAGGACCUGUUGGAGUUCCACCAGGCGGUGCUGAGCACUUUGAGGGAAGAGGAGAUAAAUCAGGAGAACUUCGCGGCCGACGUUCAAAGACUGAACGAGCUGGCGGAAAUGUCGGAAGCGCACGAGGACGAUGGGCCCGAAGGUGAGCAAGGUGCGAAGAAAAGUACAGACAUUUUGGUACCCGGUUGUAGAGUUGUUAGCAGUAGCGACCUAAAUAAAACACAAAAAAUUUUAAUGCCAGAAGACAGCAAUCUUACAAUCCCCGCCCCGAAACAGCUGACGCUCGAGCGCCAGCUCAACAAGAGCGUGCUGAUCAGCUGGACGCAACCGGACGUCGGUCCGGGCAACCAGAUCGAGAGUUACCACGUUUACGUUGACGGGGUGCUGAAGACCACCAUCAAGGCCACCGAGAGGACCAGAGCCUUGGUUGAGGGCGUCGACUCCAACCGGCCUCAUCGAAUAAGCGUUCGCUCGGUGACAGCCAACCGCCGCACAUCUCGAGAUGCCGCCUGUACCAUGAUCAUAGGCCGGGACACCCAUUCCCUGGGACCUAGCGCUGUACGAGCGACCAACAUAACCUCAACGUCGGCUGUGAUCAGCUGGCUACCAGCCAACUCGAAUCAUCAGCACGUCGUCUGCGUGAACAACGUGGAGGUGCGGUGUGUGAAACCUGGCGUCUACAGGCACACCAUAACAGGUUUGACUGCUAAUACGCAGUACAGGGUGACUGUGCGCGCCAAGCACCACAGAGCUGCGCAGAACGUGGCCAAUUUGGCCGAAGAUCUGCCUAUGCCUGCUGCCGCUCAUACGGACUUCAGGACGCUGCCCAAAGGACUGCCAGAUCCGCCCAGUGAUAUACUAGUUGAACCAGGGCCGCAGGACGGAACUUUGCUGGUGACGUGGCACCCGAUGCUCACCCCCCACCACCCGGGCUCGGCCAUCACCGGCUACGCGGUCUACGCCGACGGCAAAAAGGUGACGGACGUGGACAGUCCCACCGGCGACCACGCGCUCAUCGACAUCAGCAAGCUGCUGGGCUUGAACCCGAAACACGUGACCGUCAGAACAAAAGCGCGCGACUGCCAGUCGAACGACAGCGUUGCCACGCCGAUCCCGAUGAGCGUGCUCAGAGGCGGCGUCGUCAAGUCGAGGCAGCAGCCGCACUCGGCGGUGUUGCCGCCUCACCUGCGGCAGGGCAUGUCCAGGCAGCAGCAGCAGCAGCAGGGGCAACAGAUUAUCGAGCCCGAUGAGAACUUGAGCGACAAGGAAAUAUUCCCGAACUCUUCGAUGCACAGACAGCAAUCCGGCAUACCUUCGAUAGUUUCAGGGCAGCAGAACCAAAGAGGCAACGCGCAGCAGCAACAGCAAAACCAGAUGCGAGCGCAGCAGAUGCAAGGCUCCAGGGGCAUGGCGAUGGGGAUGAACAACCAACAAAACAACCCCAACAACCCCCCGAACCCCCAGAAGAGGGCGCGGUACUUUGUCGCCCUCUUCGACUACGACCCGUCGACGAUGUCGCCCAAUCCUGACGCUUGCGACGAGGAGCUGCCCUUCAACGAGGGGGAGACCAUCAAGGUGUGGGGGGAUAAGGACGCCGACGGGUUCUAUUGGGGGGAAAGCAGAGGUCGAAGGGGUUACGUGCCCCACAACAUGGUGAUGGAGCUGGAGGGGGGGCAACCUCGUCGAUGGGGAGACACCUACCAAAACAUGCCAGUCAAACGCAUGUUGGCGCUCUACGACUACGAUCCUCAGGAAUUGAGCCCAAAUGUGGAUGCAGAA